CAGAUAGGCCUUUACCGGGAAACCAAUCGAGACAUUUAUAAAGGUUUGUUAUUACCGAACUAUCCGACCGUUGGUAUUGAAAGAUGGCCAUCUCAAAACUUUCCGUGGCAAAGUAUAUCUUCUUCGGGUGCCUGGCAGUAGGUUUGGUGGGAUGGAAUGUCCAUCUACAAAACGAUCUCCAUGAAGAGCGGAGUAGGUUGCUUAGGAGAGAGGGUUUGGAUGAAGCAAAUCGACAGAAACGAUCGGCAGACAGUCAUACUCAGAAUGGUUACCCACAAGGUGGCGCUCUCUACAUCCGAUGGGGAAGAACCGUUUGCCCAGAUGACGACUCCGAAUUGGUAUAUUCGGGUAUAGCUGGAGGUGCCCACUACCAGGAGACGGCUGGCGGUGCCGAGUACCUCUGUCUAGCAAGAGAUGCCCAGUUUCACCCCCAGAGCACCACAGCAAUUGAAAACACCGCCAAAAUAUAUGGUGUGGAGAUCGAGUUCGCCACCGCACAGGAGGUGCUCCUUGAUACUAGCAAUAUCGCACCCGCUGGCCUCCAUAACUCUGACGUGGUGUGUGCUGUCUGCAGGAGCAAGGCCAAGGUUACCCAGGUAAUGAUUCCAGGACGAAGGGAGUGCUACCCAGGAUGGAAGAGAGAAUACUGGGGAUACUUGAUGACUGCCCAUUUUACACACAAAGGAUGGCACUCGUACGCAUGCGUGGAUCAAGCACCGGAAGCGACAGAGGGCGGAAGUAGAAAUGACAAUCAGGGUCUGAUGCAUCUCGUCCAAGGAAUCUGUGGCUCGCUGCCCUGUCCACACUAUGUCAAUGGGAUGGAGAUCACUUGUGUUGUGUGCACGAAAUAAAUAUGCUCUUUCUUUAUUUUGAUACUGUAUGCUUCAAAUUUGAGCAACAAGCACAAAACAAUACAAGCAAAGAUUUUCAGGA